CCUAUGCUUAUAGCUUGCGCUGCGACUCAACAGGCUACCACCCGCCUCUUCAACCCCUUCGUUUCCUCCCGAAGGGCAGAGCGGAAGUUGCCUAUGCCGUGUACGUCGCUGAUUUUCUUCCGCCUGGUGCAGGGGCGCAAGAUUUCCUGGGACGCUUUCACCUUGCAGGGAGAAGCGCAAGUAUAUGCUGUGCGUUUUCCUUCCUCCCCUUCCCUUCUUUGCAGAGAAAUGGCUGGGCUGAUCAACUUCGAGGAUGAAGAGGAGGUGAAGGAGUACUUAGACAAUCUGGGUGUGGAGUUCAGCUUCCAGUGCUAUAAGGAGAAAGAUCCUGACGGUAAGGUGGAAGUAGCCGCGUGGCCAACAUUGUUUGGUCUACGACGUUUUCCCCAGCGCUGGACAUGCAGGCUGCAGUCCUCUCUGUCCAGUUACCUGGGAGUAAGCCCCAUUGAACUCGGCGGGAUUUAUUUCUGAGUAGAUGUGCGUAGCUCUGCACAAUUAAUUCAGGGUAUUUACUUUUGAAUAAAUGUGUUUGUUUUCUUGGGUGUGUCACAUAAGCAUAGGUUACAUAAAGAUAAUGAAAGCAGGUCCCACAUUUAUUCUGCCACCUUGAUUUAUUUGUAACCUUGCAGCAGACUAACCAAAAAAAUGGGUAUUUCAUCCUCGGGUUUUUGAGUAGAAGCUUUACCGUAGUAUCUGAAGGAGCAUCUCCACCCCCAUCGUUCUACCCGGACACUGAGGUCCAGCACCGAGGGCCUUCGGGCGGUUCCCUCACUGCGAGAAGCCAAGUUACAGGGAACCAGGCAGAGAGCCUUCUCAGUAGUGGCGCCUUCCCUGUGGAACACCCUCCCACCAGAUGUCAAAGAGAACAACUACCACCAGGCCUUUAGAAGACAUCUGAAGGCAGCCCUGUUUAGGGAAGCUUUUAAUGUUUGAUGUAUUUUAAUAUUCUUUUGGAAGCCGCCCAGAGUGGAUGGGGAAGCCCAGCCAGAUGGGCGGGGUAUAAAUAAUAAAUUAUUAUUAUUAUUAUUAUUAUUAUUAUUAUUAUUAUUAUUAUCUGCAGUACUGAAAUUAUGAGUAGCUUUCAAAACAAACCGGCUGCACAUUUAAGAAGCCUUAAUCUGAAGCAGUGGUGAGAAAACCAUUACCCUCUAGGUGACUACAAUGCCCAUAUGUUCCAGCCAUCAACAUCUGGUUUCCCCAUCUUUGCUCUAAAAGAAGUUGGGCAGAGAUCAACAGGCCUUUCAAAUAGAUUUAGGUAAAAGUUCUCAGGAGCUUAAGGAAAGGACUACUGGGCAAAUCAGUACUGUAUUCUAAUUUUGUUACCUGUGCACGCAGCCCCUUCGCUCCUCCCUUUGCUUAGCAAGCAGUCAAACUUCCCAUAGUUGCCUGUUUCCACCAAACCAGGAAAUUAUGGUUACCAGCAUUGGAACAAGCAAGGAACUUAAGCUAACUUUAAAGCAUAGUUAAAUCUCCCCAUAUUUUCUGAAGCUAGUAACCCAUGUUUCCAGAAUUCAGAAGAGACAGGAAACAUGGCUAAUUAGAGACUUCCUGGUUUGAUUUUUUGCACCUCAAAGUAAUGGUGUAUGUGUGAAUAAAGUUUUCAUUCACAUUUUGGCUUUAAGAUUGGAUCAUCCAAACUGAGUCAGUAGGUAUCAGUCCCUUUUUACUUUUUAUUUUAUAUGGAAAUAUAACAUUAGGACCUAUUGGUCAAUCCCAUUUCAGACUCGGAAGUCAGCCCAUUUUAUGCCUUUCACUACAUUACCAGGUAGCAGAUGUUGGAGGCAAUCAACACCCUGUCCUAACUGAUAAAAACAAAAUCAAACAAGGAAGAAACCAAAGAUUGCAAGUGAAGCACAAAAAUGGGGAUGGCAUGAUCAUACCUUAAGUUUCCUUCAUUGUGAAACCACAGGUUGUCACCGUCUUGCUGAGUACCUAGAGGGAGUAAAGAAAAACUUUGAGGGAGCUGCUAAAGUACUAAAGGACAAUUGUGAAAAAAACCUGCACAGUGAGAGCUGCUACAAACUUGGAGCCUACUAUGUUACUGGAAAAGGUAAGAAAGAACAUCCCUCUCUACAACCCAUUGUAUCUCUAUGUAAAAGGAAAAGCAAUCCAAGUAAGGUUAUUGAAAGCUUAUGUAGCUCAGUGUAGUGGAUGGUUUUUUUGCCUCAGUUCUCUUAGCUGCAGUAUGGGAGUAGCACUGGACUUACUUUCAGGGAUGUUGUAAAGGACUCCUGCAUUGCAGGGGGUUGGCCUACUACAUGAUCCUUGUGGUCCCUUUCAAUUCUAUAAUUCUGUGAAAAGAACUAUGUAUAGAACAAAUCAUUUUCUCCCUGCAGGUGGGCUCCCUGCAGAUUUGAAAACUGCCUACAACUGUUUUUUGAAGUCUUGUGAGAAAGGUGGGAAGAAAUCCAUAGAUGCUUGUCACAAUACUGGACUGCUGGCACAUGAUGGACGGGGCAAUGAUGAUGAGAAGCCCAACGCACUCCUAGCCAGGGAUUAUUACAGUAAAGCUUGUGAUGGGGGUUUUGCCCCCAGCUGUUUCAAUCUUAGUGCAAUAUAUCUCCAAGGAGCCCCUGGGAUACCAAAGGAUAUGAACCAGGCUUUGGAAUACUCUCUGAAAGCGUGCGACUUGGGACACAUAUGGGCAUGUGCCAACGCUAGCCGAAUGUACAAGCUAGGGGACGGAGUUGAGAAGGAUGAUGCCAAGGCAGAAACCCUAAAGAAUAGAGCAAAAGACCUGCACAAAGAACAGCAGGCAGCUACAAGAUCCUUAACAUUUGGAGAGUAAGCCCAGUCAAGUGAAUUAUAGUUUUCUCAAGAAACAUACUUCGUACAAUAGUGCACAGACAUUGGGUGGAUUCAGCACUGCAGUAUUGCAACAUUGCUGCUUGCCAGACAGAAUGAUUCCCCCUCUCCUCCCCCUGCCUGCUGUUCUGGGGGUUCUCCAAACACCUGCCGUGAGCCAAUUUCGGGAGGCACUCAGCGGGAGGAAAUGGGGGGAAAGGUAUAGAAUUUGAUUCAAAAAACUUAUUUGUGUGAAUGGCUGUCUCUCUUUGCCUGUACAAAUUAUUGUUUUGUAAACACAAUAAAAACCAAUAUUUUUAGGACAUGGGUGAUUUUUUUGGUAGCUCAAUCUUUAGAGGAGAAAAUGUUGUAUUUAAAACUAUAACGUGAAAACUGCUGUAAACUAAACCAUUGUUUCUAGAAUGUAAUUCUCAAAUACAUCAGGAUUACAUACACUGAGUUAACAGUCCAGUGGGAUCUGUUGUUUCUAAAUAAACUCUUUUCUGCAGCAAGCCCCUUUAUUCGUUUUCAGAAAGCAGAAAUUGUAUCUUUAGAAAAAAAGCAAUUGGCCAACUCCACUCAUGUAAUAUUUUGCAGAUGGGUAAAGGGAUGUGCUAAUAUGCUAUUAAAGCCAUCAAUACCAAAUGCAUUAAUUAGGAAGCACAUUCCAUUAAUUUCAGUGGCACAAGCUUUGAG